AUGCGGAUCCAAAUUGCCGCUCUUGCGGCCUUGCUUGAAGGCGCCUGGGCUCUGGCCUGUCCCGGCACAUUUGAGUCGAUUUCCGCGGCUGACUAUGUAGGAAAGUUGAAGCCAGGAUGGAAUCUGGGCAACACACUGGACGCUGUUCCUGAUGAAGGUUCAUGGAACAACGCGCCGGUUCAGGCGUCGACUUUCGAUGUCGUCAAGGCCGCUGGGUUCAAGAGCGUGCGCCUGCCAGUGACAUGGGCCGACCACUUCAAUGGAAGCUCGCCUGACUGGACUGUUGAUCCUGCAUGGCUGCAGCGGGUGUCGGACGUCGUCGACAUGAUCACCUCCCGAGAUCUGUAUACCAUUGUCAACGUCCACCACGACUCCUGGCAAUGGGCGGACGUCACCGCGUCCGGGGCCAAUCUGACCAUGAUCGAGGAGAAAUUCUACCGGCUGUGGUAUCAGAUCGGCACCACGCUGGGCUGCAAGUCGAGCCUGGUCGCUUUCGAGCCGAUCAACGAACCGCCCUGCAACUCCGCAGAGGACGCAGCCGAGAUCAACAAGCUGAACCAGAUCUUCCUCAAGGCCAUCAACGACGCGGGCGGCUUCAACCCGAAGAGAGUCGUCACUCUCGUUGGUGGCGGGGAGGACAGCGUCAAGACGUCGCAGUGGUUCAAACUUCCUUCGAACAUUACGAACCCCUACGCCAUUCAAUUCCAUUACUACAGUCCUUAUGACUUUAUCUUCAGUGCAUGGGGAAAGACGAUCUGGGGCUCCGACGCAGAGAAGAGCACCCUCGAAACAGACUUCAAGCUCAUGCGCAACAACUUCACCAAGGUCCCUCUUGUCCUCGGCGAGUUCGACGCCUCCCCGACCAACACCGAGCCGGCCGCGCGCUGGAGAUACACCGACUAUCUCGAGCAGAUCGCCGCGAAGUACGACAUCGCAACCAUCCUCUGGGACAACGGCGAGGACCAUCUAGACCGGACGACAGGCGUCUGGCGCGACCCGACCUCCAUCCAGAUCCUCACCAACACAACCGGCACCGCCCGCAACAGCCUGCCGGACAGCACGACCGACGCCGCCGCCACCAGCCAGUCGUCCUCGGCGUAUAUCUUCCACCGGGUCGGCACGCCCGUGGCGAGCCAGACGCUCCCGUUUCUCUUCAACGGCAACACGCUCGUCUCCAUCCGCAACGCGAACGGCACGACCCUCCGCAAGGGCGCUGACUACACCGUCUCCGAUGCUAACAUCGUCUUCUCGGCCUCGUACCUGUCGCGCGUGUACAGCGCGAGAACGGCUCCCGGCGUCCUGGAGACACUGACGCUUAAGUUCUCGGCGGGCGCGUCGCCUACCAUCCAGAUCGUGCAGUGGGACACGCCGACGCUCGCGAAGACCUCGGCCGCCGCCUCGUCUGCGUCCGGAUCGGACCUCUCUAUUCCAGUUACCUGGAAGGGUCUGGCUAAACCGGCUGCCGUCAAGGCCUUGACGGCCGGUGGAACGUACCUGGUCGACGACUGGACACAGUACCUGGGCCCGCUGCAGCAGGCCAGGACGACCUACAGCAGCCAGUGGAACUGGGAUGCGUCGAAUGUGAUCAUCACGUCCGCGGCGAUAGACGCUGUUGUGUCUGCGGGCCAGUCGACGGUGUUCACGUUCGAGUUCUAUCCCCGUGUCAACGGGACGGUCAACACGGUCAACUUUACGUUGACUGCCUAG